GGAGCGCACACGCUUCGGCCCCACACCGCACGCACGCCGUUGCCCGGACUGACUACCACCCCGACCGCCACCCCGAAAAAAAUCCCACCCUCCCUCUUCAUCCUUCUUUCUCUCUCUCUCUUUCUAUCUGUCUCUGUCUUUUUAUCACUCUCUCUUUCCCUUGCUCCUGCUCUCUCUUACUCUCACUCUCACAACUCACUCACCCACUCGCCUACUUACCUCCUCCCCCUCACCCCCUUUCUCUCACUCUCUCUCUCUCUCUUUUGAUACCCCUCACCCACCCCCUCCCCUCUUCUUCUAUCAUCCCCCUCCUCCUCUCCCCCCACUUCAUCCCCCCUCCCCUCCUCCCCCUUGCUCCGAAGGACGGACGGACGGACGGAGGGACGCACGGACGGACGUGCGAGAGGAGAGGCUGUGGGAUCUGAUCUGAUCUUGGAAGCGCGAGUGAGCGCGCGCGGAUGAGCUGCCGGAGAUGGAAGUGCUGAUCGCGUGGCUUUGCUUUGGGAUAUGGCAGUGCAGCCCUGCAGGAGCCGACUCCAUCAUCCACAUAGGUGCCAUUUUCGAGGAGAAUGCCGUGAGGGAUGAUGAGGUCUUCCAGCUGGCCAUCUCUGACCUCAGCCUCAACGAUGACAUUUUGCAGAGUGAGAAAAUCACCCACUCCAUAAAAUUUAUUGAGCCCAACAACCCCUUCCAGGCAGUGCAGGAAGCCUGUGAGCUGAUGACGCAAGGCAUCCUGGCCCUGGUGACCUCUACAGGCUGCGCUUCAGCGAGUGCCCUGCAGUCGCUGACUGACGCCAUGCACAUCCCGCACCUGUACGUGCAGCGUAACGGUGAUGGCUCGCCGCGCACUGCCUGCCAGUUCAACCCCAGCCCGGAGGGGGAGCGCUACACGCUGGCCGCCCGGCCGCCGGUGCGGCUCAGCGAUGUCAUGCUCACGCUUGUCGCUGAACUCCGUUGGCAGAAGUUUAUCGUGUUUUACGACAGCGAUUACGAUAUACGUGGACUGCAGGGCUUCUUGGAUCAGACAUCGCGGCAAGGCAUGGAUGUGUCUCUGCAGAGGGUAGACAGGAACAUCAGCGGCGUCUUCUCCAGCCUGUUCACCAGCAUGCGCACGGAAGAGCUGAACCGCUACAGGGACACUCUGAGAAGAGCCAUCCUCCUGCUGAGUCCUCGUGGAGCCCAGGUCUUCAUCCACCAGGCGGUAGAGACAAACCUGGCCUCCAAAGACAGCCACUGGGUGUUUGUGAAUGAGGAGAUCAGUGACACUGAGAUCAUGGAGUUGGCCCACAGUGCCUUGGGAAGGAUGACGGUCAUCCGGCAGAUUUUUCCGCUGUGGAGAGACAGCAGUGUGAGCUGUAUGAGGAACAGCCAUCGCAUCUCGUCUCUUCUCUGUGACCCCCAGGAGGGCUACCUGCAGUCACUAGAGGUCUCCAAUCUGUACCUCUACGACAGUGUGCUGAUGCUUGCUAACGCCUUCUACAGAAAGCUGGAGGACAGAAAGUGGCACAGCAUGGCAAGUCUGAACUGUAUCCGGAAGUCAACCAAGCCCUGGAAUGGAGGCUGGUCUAUGCUAGAAACCAUUCAGAAGGGUCGUAUUACUGGGCUCACUGGAGUUAUGGAUUUCAUGGACAACGGCUCCAACUCGCACGUUCAGUUUGAGAUUUUGGGCACCAGCUUCAGCGAGACCUUCGGAAAAGACAUAAAGCGGUUAGCCACAUGGGACUCGGUACAUGGCCUCAACGGGAGCUUAAAGGAGAGCCGGAUUGAGAACGGCAUGCAGGGAGUGACAGUAAAAGUGGUGACACUGCUGGAGGAUCCGUUUGUCAUGGUGGCGGAGAACAUUCUCGGGCAGCCCAAGAAGUACAAAGGAUUCUCCAUUGACGUGCUGGACGCCUUGGCCAAGAUGCUGGGAUUCAAAUAUGACAUCUACCAGGUGGCAGACAGCAAGUACGGCUCGCAGCUUUCCAACGGCUCGUGGAACGGAAUGAUCGGAGAACUGAUCAACAAGAGGGCCGAUCUGGCUGUGUCGGCCAUCACCAUCACACCUGAGCGGGAAAACGUGGUGGACUUCAGCAAGCGCUACAUGGACUAUUCUGUGGGAAUCCUGAUGCGUAAGCCUGAGGAGAAAAUCAACAUCUUCUCGCUGUUUGCGCCCUUCGACCUUGCCGUCUGGGCCUGCAUCGCCGCAGCCAUACCUGUGGUUGGAGUCCUGAUCUUCCUGCUGACCCGGAUGCAGUCCCUACGGUCCCAGAACCCUCCGGGACCUCACCAGUCUCCAUCCAUGUCCAGUACCUUACACAGCGCUAUAUGGAUUGUGUACGGCGCCUUUGUGCAGCAAGGUGGAGACUCAGUGGUUGGCUCAGUGGCCUUGCGGAUUGUGAUGGGCAGCUGGUGGCUCUUUACCCUGAUUGUGUGCUCAUCCUACACAGCCAACCUGGCGGCCUAUCUUACUGUCUCGCACAUGGACAACACCAUACGGACUUUUCAGGACUUGGCGAGACAAAUGGACUUGGAUUAUGGUACAGUGCGGGACUCCGCCGUAUACGAUUACUUCCGAGCCAAAGGUACCAACCCCCUGGAGCAGGACAGCACUUACGCCGAGCUGUGGCGGACCAUCAGCAAGAACAAUGGCCAAGACUACUCUGUAUCCAGCCCCUCAGAGGGCAUCCGCAAGGCGAAGAAAGGCCCGUACGCGUUUCUGUGGGACAUGGCCGUAGUGGAGUACGCGGCCCUGACGGACGACGACUGUACCAUCACUGUGUCGGGAAACAGCAUGAGCAGUAAAGGCUACGGUAUCGCCCUGCAGCACGGCAGCCCCUACAGAGACCUCUUCUCCCAGAAGAUCUUGGAGCUGCAGGAGAAAGGUGACCUGGAUGUGCUGAAGCAGAAGUGGUGGCCUCGCUCGGGGCGCUGCGACCUGAGCGGCCACUGGGGGUCUCAGUCCGACGGGCGUUCGCUCAAGCUGCACAGCUUCGCCGGGGUCUUCUGCAUCCUGGCUGCCGGGCUGGUGCUGGCCUGCCUGGUGGCCGCCUUGGAGAUGUGGUGGAGCAGCAACCGCUGCCGGCAAGAGCAGCCCAAAGAGGACAAAGAGGUGAAUCUGGAGCAGGUGCAUCGGCGUAUGAACAGUCUUAUGGACGAGGACAUGGCGCACAAGCAGAUCCCCGGCCCGUCUAUCGAGAUCUCUGCCCUGGACAUCGGCAGCAUGCAGCCCAGCCAAGCGCGGGAGGCUGGCCGGGACUUCCCGGGCACGGCUCUGUCUGUGAGCACCUUCCUACCGGAGCAGGCACAUGGGGUGGGCCGGACUCUGGCGCCGGGGCCUGGCAGCACUCUGCCCCUGCCACUCAGCAGCUCCACCAUGCCCUCCAUCCAGUGCAAACACAGGGCUCCCAACGGGGGGCUCUUCCGGCAGAGCCCCGGCAAGAAGCCCAUGCCAAUGUCCUACCCGCCAGUACCAGGAGGACCCAUCCCAGAAGCCAUUGAGCCCACCCACAGCACGUCCAUCUGAGGCUAUUCUUUUUUUCUUUUUUUCUUUGUUUGUUUGUUUGUUUUUUUGCCACAGGGGACUGGUGGUGGAGGAGACUGGGGCAUCACAUGUAAAAAGAACAAAAAAAAAGGAAAAAGGGAAAGGAAGGAGUGAAAGUAGAGAUUUUUAAUACACAUACAAAAUGGAAAAAAAAUUGGAAAAAAAAAACAACUGGAAAACAAUUCCUUUUUCUUGUAAAUAUUUGUAAAUAAGAAAAGAGCGAAGUGAGUAAAAGUGUAUUUUGAAUAUUCUCAAUUUUUGAAGUUGAGUUACAAAAACGAAACGAAAAACUUGAAAAAAAGAAUCUAAAAACAAACACAAAAAAAAGACUCGAAAAACGACUGUUUGAAUGGCUUUGUAAAUUUUGUUCUCUAUGGAUAAAGACGCAAAAUUCAUUGUGAUUGUUUUCUAAGUGCCGAAAUAAAAGAUGUCUCUCCACUGUUUGUUACUAGAUUAUCAUACACUUCUCUAUGAAUAUGAAUUCUUUUGCACCUUCUUUAUUAUUAGUAUUAUCAUGUUUUUAUUGUUUGGUUUUUUUUACAGUCACAUUCAUUCUUCAGUCUCAUUACCAUUUUAAAUGUUCGGCUACUUCAUUUUCUUUGGUUCUUGCUUCUUUUUCUUUUUUGUUCUUUCUCUCUGGGUAAUUUUGCUGUCUUUAUCAAGCUCUCUGUUGAGUAUUGAUUGGGGUUUGAGUGUUAGCAUCAGGGAUGGAGGAGGAGGAGAAUGGGAACAGUUUGUGUUGAAGAUGUAUUCUCCCAGACAAACCCUCCUGAGGUCUCGAGGAGCAGGAAUUGGCGUUCCUGCAUCCAACAAGGCCACGAGUCCCUGAGCACAAGCGAAAGCUGUACGUCCACCUCCUGAAAAUCACCUCUGUCUGUCUUGUUCCCCGGUGUAGGGCUGCUCGACUGAUGCAGUUUGUGUGAAAAUAGUGGGAAAAUGUAUUUUUUUCCAUAUUUUCUGUACCUUAAGAUAUUACAGAUAUCAUAAGAUAUUUUCCUUUAUGGAACCGACUGUAAAGAGAUGAUACGGUUUUAUUGAACAGAGUUCUGUAGAGAUAUAUAACGUUUAAAAGGUAUGAAAAGUAUGUGUUUUUUGUUAUUUGAUUGUAUCUUUAUGAGGUUGAACAAUUGAGAGUAUGAAAGAUCCCCCCAGCAUUCCAAUUCUAGGCCUUACAUUUACACUUGGCUAGAGAUUUACAGCUAUUAGCAUAAGACGUUCACAAAAAUGUCUUAACUGCACAUGUUUCCUUGUGUCCUUUGUUACAUUUGUGAUAUUUUCCUUUUUGUCGUAAUUUGUGUUAAAAAGUCGUCACUUUUAACCACAGCUGACCGAGCCCAUGUUCCACAAUCACGAUCACAGUCUAUUGGACGGGCCGGCGGUUGGACGAAACAGCAGCCCUCCAAACCUUCAUUUAAAAUGCUCUGAAAUCACAAAGAGAAUGACGCUUGUCUUAGGCAGAGGGUAAAGACCACUGGUUUUGGGGGAGGGAGGGGGGUUUAUGAUGUCAACAAGCUCUGUCCAUGCUUUCCUGUCAAUCAUCAUGGUUGUAGCCUGUAUGUUUUGUACGAGUUCAAGUAGUUUCUAAUGUGAACCAAAGUGACAUCAUAUUACACUGUGUAACGCAACCUGUGGCUCUCAACCACCAACGGUGGAGACAAGGAUGUCCACCCGGGCUGUAAGGUCACUUCCUUACUGCCUAUACCCCCCUCCACACAACUCCUGAUUCCAGAAUAAGGAUGAUUUUCAAUUUGAAAUGCAAAGAAAAAAAGAAAAAAUAUAAGAAGAGAAAAAAGAGCAAAGUCUAUCAUAGUGUAGUCUGUAACAUUACACCUGAGGGAGACUCUUAUUUUGUUUAUGAAUAUGCUGCUUGGAGUUUCUUAAUCUUUAAUAAAGAAAUAUGGUUUACA